AUGAAAGGGCUUUUUCAUGAUCCAGACAAGACCUUAGUACAAUGGCCUAAUACGGAAUUACAUGAAAGCAAAAUAAGAAAUUUAGCCAGUAGAGCAAAACAGCCUGAUUUCACAGUUUCUUUAAUACAUCAACAACAAAUUGAUUCAGUGAUUUUUGUUGGAGAAGUACUUUUAUGA